AUGGCGUCCAUGAUAGAUAUCCAGCGAGAACUCAUUCUCAACUCGAUCAAGCAGACGACUCGCGGCGACUGGAAGAUACUCAUUGUGGACGAGGACAGCCAAAAGCUCAUCAACAACGUGGUCAAAGAAGAUGAUAUCCUCAACCUCAACAUUACAAACAUCGAGCGCAUCGAAGACCGGCGGCAGACGAUACGCGACAUGGACGCCAUAUACAUCAUCACACCCAAGCCGCACAUCGUCGACUGCAUGAUGGCCGAAUUCGACCAGCGGAGAUACAGGGGCUUCUUCCUGAUAUGGACAACAUUGCUACCACCACACCUCAAGGAGCGCAUAGACCGGUCGCAGAUGGCACGCGAACAGAUUCGGAGCUUCCGAACAGUACACCUCGACUUCCAUCCUCAAGAAUCACACCUCAUCACCUUCAAAGACCCCUGGAGCUUCCCCAUCCUCUACCACCCCGAGUGCAACAACCUUGUGGUACGGCACAUGGAGGACAUUGCAGAAAGAAUAACUGGAAUCUGCGUCGCGCUGGGCGAAUACCCCAUCAUCCGCUACUACCGACCGCGAACUCCAACCCACGAGGCUAGUGUCUUGUGCUCCCAUCUUGCCCGCUUCGUCCAAGACAAGCUAGACAUGUACGCGCAGUUCAACCAAGACUUCCCUCCACAAUCGAACCGACCCCGCGGUGCCCUCUACAUCACCGAUCGGUCCAUGGACCUCAUGGCACCCUUUCUUCAUGAGUUCACAUACCAAGCAAUGGCCAUGGAUCUGCUCCCUAUACAAGACAGCGACAAAGUAACGUACCGCACAAUUGUCAACGAGGAAGAUCCAGGCGCUGAGGAAAAGGACAUGGAGAUAUCUGACAAGGACAAGAUAUGGGUCGAGAAUCGCCAUCGGCACAUGAAGGACACUCUCGACAAGCUGAUCAGCGAUUUCCAAAAGUUCAUCGCCGACAACCCCCAUUUCACCAACCAAGACGCCCAAAACGCUGCCGGCAUGAAUGGAUUGAAUGCAAUCAAGGAUAUGAUCGCUGGAUUGCCGCAGUUCCAGGAGAUGAAGGAGGCCUACUCCUUACAUCUCACUAUGGCGCAGAAAUGCAUGGAGAUAUUCCAGAAGCACAAACUUCCGGACCUGGCCUCAGUGGAGCAGUGCCUGGCUACCGGUCUCGAUGAAGACUAUCGGAAGCCGAAGAACAUGACUGAUCAGAUCGUGCGCACACUAGACGAUGAGGAGAUAACGCCAGCUGACCGACUACGUCUUGUUGCGCUCUACGUACUCUUUAAGAACGGAAUACUACCAGCCGACCUCCAGAAGCUCCUCUUCCACGCACAGCUGCCGCCCACUGACGGCGAAGUCGUUCGUAACCUUGACCUCCUUGGGGCGCGAGUCGCCAGACAGUUGAAAGAGAAAAGAGAUGCUCCACCACCACUAUUCCCCCCUAAAGCAGCACCGCCCCCAAAUGCUGAAGACUACGGUCUGUCCAGGUUCAGCCCCGCGUUACAGGACAUGCUAGAAGAGCACAUUCGCGGCAGUCUGCCCCAGGAUGUCUUUCCUUUCACUAAGAUGUCGCCGGACGAUGCUGCCAGCAUGGCGCAAGACAAUGCUGCGCCUGCGUCCCUUCGCUCUGCGAAACCGACAUGGGCCAAGUCGCGACUCGCCAGUGCCGAGCCUCGUCAACGCGUUAUUGUAUUCGUGGCUGGUGGCGCAACUUACUCCGAAGCCCGGGCCUGCUACGACGUCUCGAACAAAACCUCAAGAGACGUCUUCCUCGUCACCUCACACAUGAUGAAGCCGCAACUCUUCCUCCGCCAAGUUGGCGAUCUCAGUCAAAACCGCCGGAAUCUGCAUUUACCCAUCGAUCAACCACAACCAAAAGCUCCAGCACAUCUGUUCGAGAAGCCUGAGCCACCAAAGCCGGCACCACCUCCCGCUGGCACAAAACCUCCCAUGUCUGGAGGUCUGCCAUCAGGACCCAGAGUCGCUGGUCCGAAGCCCCCAACAGCCGCUCUAGGUGCCAUCAAUCUUAACGCCCAACCGCAAAAGCACAGCCCGUCGUCGUCACAAAGCAGCACGAAGCCUGGUAAAGAGGAGAAAGAAGGCAAGGAAAAGAAGAAGAAGAAGUUGCAUUUGUUUUCCUCGAAACAUUAG